AUGUUAAGAAUAGGUUACAUACCAGAGCAUUUUAGCACCCCAAUCUGGUUUGCUAAAGAGAAGGGGUUCUUUGAGAACAGUGGGGUUGAGGUGGAGUUGAUUCCCUACCCAUCAGGAUCUGGUCAUUUGAUCCAGUCACUGAAAAACGACGAGAUAGAUAUAGCUGUUGGUCUCACUGAAGCAUUUGUUGCUGGAAUUUGCAAGAAUGAUACGCAGUACAAGAUUGCGGGAACAUAUGUGGAAUCUCCUUUAUGCUGGGCAAUUUCAAGCGGGGUGAAUCGUACUGACAUUAACAGUCCCGAAGAGUUACACGGUAAAAGAAUAGGAGUUUCAAGGAUAGGCUCUGGCUCGUACAUUAUGAGCUUUGUAUUGGCACUUCAGAGUGAAUUUUCAAGACCUUAUUACAAGUCAUUUCCCGUUCUCCAUAACUUUGCCAAUUUGAGAGACUCAGUCAAUCUGAAGGACGGUGUAGAGCCCAGUGAUGCUUUUAUGUGGGAGCAUUUUACAUCCAAGAGAUACUAUGACAACGGAGAGAUUAAACGAAUUGGGGAGAUAUAUACUCCUUGGCCGUCUUGGGUGAUUGUAGGGAGUUCCAAAUUGGAUCAGACUCAAUUGCAAAGAGCCCUUAGAGCUGUUCAGGAGGGAGUAGAUUAUUUUGAAGAACACAAGACAGAAGCAGUUGAACAUAUUUCGACCCAUCUUGACUACUCCAAAGAGGAUGCAAUGGAAUGGCUGAAAACUGUCAAGUUUAGUGGUGACGUGACACGCGUAGACUAUAACCGUUCCAUAGUUAACACCGCCCGUAUUCUGAAAACUGCAGGAGUCAUCCAACAAGAGAAUGAACCUGAUGAAGUUAUAGAUGAAAGAUUGGCCGCAGGGAUUAGUGCAAGUAAAGAUUGA